AUGGUCUGGUUGGCAGCCGAGAAGGUAUACCCCGGUCGAAGGUUCGAUCAGUAUGCAAUACUAGGAGAUGAUGUUGUCAUCACCGAUACCCGAGUAGCACAGGCCUACGCCUAUAUUCUAGAUGAGUUGGGGGUUGUAUGGACCAAGCGAUUCUUGGUCGGGUCGGUGGAUUUCUCCCCUGUGUCCAUGCGUUGUCUCCAGAAUGACUACCACCCUAAUGGACUAUUUAUCAUUCACAAGGAGAGCAAAGUGAGUCUCGACGUCAAGGAGAGGAAAGGUGUAAUUGAGAAAAGGUUUAGUACCUUUUGUAGGGUAGGUGGUAUGGGGUACAAGACGCUUUCUAGGUUGAACACAUCCUCUUCCAAAACUGUGCUAAGGAGGAGGGCUAUGUGGAACCGUUUUGUCUUACCACUUGAAUUGUGGUUGGGCAGAGGUGAACCUCUAAAUCCCUACUAUAUAGGAUAUCUUAUUGAGAAGGGGGUCCUAUCNGCGCCAGUCGUCAUGACCAACUGGAACUGUGAGCGCAAAGAUGAAGUGAAGAAAGUUCUGAAUAGAAGGGAUAAGAAGUACGGGAAAGAGUUCAUUCUUUGA